GGGAGUGGGUUAGUCAGGUCGAAAUCGGAGUUGAAAUAUUUGAGAGUUUUCGUCUAAAAAUUCUUAAAUAUUUUGAGUUAUUAAGGGUAUUUUAAAUUAUUUGUUAGUAGGAUAUAUACUAAUUGAUAUGAUGCAAGUCACGGUGAAGACAUUGGACGCUGAAACGCGUGUUUUUACCGUCGAUGACGAGGCAUCGGUUGAAGAUUUCAAGAAGCAGAUAGCGUCGGAAGUUGCUAUACCAGCGGAAAGGCAGCGCCUCAUUUUCAAAGGAAAGGUUCUUCAAGAUUCCUCAAGUUUAGGAAGUUAUGGUGUGGAUGGUUGUGUUGUUCAUCUGGUCGAAAGGAAGCCUCCCUCCAGCACCAGGGCAGAUGGAGAUGGUUCCAGUCAAUCGACAUCACGCCACGGCACAGAGCAAACAGGAGAUGGCCAUGGUUUUUCCUCCACAUUCAAUCAUCCUACAGAGGUUAUAAACAUUUCACAGCAAAUUGUUCAAGGGUUGAUGAAUCAGUUGGGGUUGGAUUCUGCUCAAGCAAAUGUUAGCACCUCACAAUCUGGAGAUGGCUCCACUCUGAAUGUACAUAUCAAUCUACUGGCAUCAGCCAAUGGGAAUGCCAGUGAUGCAGGAUUACGGAUAUCAAAAGCAAGACAGUUCUUGAGAGCUGCAAGAAGCUCACUCAACAGAGCCGAGGGUGAGGGAGUGUUACCAUCUCCGAUGGACACAAGUAGUACUCCAAGAGAAACAGACUCAAGGUCAUCAACAGAGCAGGAAAGUGGCUCAGAUUCUCAAGCAAAUCAGACGCAAAGUCAAAAUGGAAGUCCAUCAGAACUGGCAGAUGUUUUAGGUGAACUACAGGAGAUGAAUGCUAUAUUACACCCUAUACUAGCAAGAUAUAGUACUCUGCUUAGUUCCAAUUCUGCUGAGGAUUUACUUCCUUCUGACGACAGUCUGCCAGACAGAGUUGCCGAGACACUACACAAUUUGAGCCAUGCAUACCAUGCUCUGUCUGACCUGACCUUUAACUUCAGGUCCCCAGAGCCUCRGCAUCUUAAUGUGCUCCCACCUCUUUCUGGACAUGUGGGCGCAAGUCCAAUGUUGUCUUCUCUUUUUCCAGGAAUGCAAAAUCCUGGAUCACAAAACACCCAACAGGGUUCAACAAGUGUUAACGCCUCAGGCAGUAGAGUGCACAUUGUCCCAGCCAUUGCYUUCACGUCAGUGAUCACUAGCUCCAUACCCCGCCCACAUGGCAACCAUCCCAAUAACCCACCCACCUCUGGACCUGACACUCGCACCAACCAGUCACCUGGCUUUAUGUUAAAUUUUGGAUCUCUGGGCAACAGUGGUAGCCAUGGUAACCAAGGAUCCAAUGGCACUCAGAGAACAACUGCUAAUAGUGGGUCGCAAACAACAUCAACAUCGAGUGGAACACGUACRACAACCAGYGGAGCAGAUAGUGUGCGAAUUGUCAUGGAUGACAUUGUAGCGUUACUCUCUAAUUCUAGCAACCCAGUGACAUCACACAGUGAGACGUCAAGAACAGCUACUGCUACGCCCUCCCCUGGACGCAGCCAAGGAGAUAACCAGACACAAACCCAGAACUCUGGUACGGCAGGAACAUCUCGUGUUAUCCCAAGGAUAGGGCUCGGGUCGCUGCCAUUGAAUUCAAGUCACCCUGAUCCUCUAGUUCCUUGUGAAUCCUUUCAUUUUGGCCCCAGGGCUCACCAACCACAUGGAACACAGGGAGCCCAAGAGCAGGAGAGAACCCAAGAAGAGCAUGCAAGUAGGGAGGCCACACAGGAAUCUCAGAACCAAGGCCCUCCACAGUCAUUUUCUGAUGUGUUUGCAUCUAUGUUUCAAGGAGCUAGUGCUAGACCUAGUCAGACUCCUUCACAAGGUAGAACAACAAGAAGUGAUAGUUCUGACCCACUUGRUUCAACAGGCCAGGUAGUAGAGACAUUGAUAGACCUGUUGGCAAGGACACAAGAUGAUGACACUUCUACUAGUGGCGGCAGUCAGUCAAGGGAACAAUCRGGACGACAGAGGACCACAAGUGGACCAGCAUUAGACCUUGAUAUCUUACGAAAUGUUGUAAUGAGUUCCAUUGGUGAGGCAAGCAGUGGAGAAAUAGGUUCUCAUCAGACUAUAAAUGACUUCAUAAAUCAGCUGCCGCAAGAAGGUGAAGAACUGAAUGCUCCCUCGGAUGGCGUGAUAGAAGGACCACUUUUAAACAAGCUGAUUGAGCGGUUUGGAAUGGUCAUGUCUUUACAAGAUAUAAUAUUUAUUAUGUUAGGUCAAUCAGAACCGUAUGCGCGCGUUCACAGACUCCUCCGCGAGUAUCUCRAUAAUGAUUUAUUAAACGGAGAACAAGCUUCAGACCAAAACAUACAGAGAGUAUCUUCUGAUAUAGCGGCUGAGCUGGUUAAUGGAAUGCGUGAGAGUUUGAUGUCUGUUCCUUCUAGAGAUGACAUYGAUAUAAAUGCAUCAAUGCAAAGUUAUCUAGAACAUUCAAUUCAAAGAGUUCUAAUAAUGGCAAGAGACUUAGAUGAUAUUGAAUUUGCUGCUCAAUUCCCUGGCCAUGCCCAGCGUUCUUGUACAGACUUGUGUAUCUUAUUAAUCAUGUGUCUUCGUGAUGGGGUGCAAGGAGCACAGAACAUAAUAACAAGGAGAUUGCCAUCCUUCACCCUCACACGAGGUGUUCAUCCGAUGGUCAUGAGGAGCUUUCAAAUGACAGUGAUGCAGAAUAUAAAUACUGCUAAUACACUGAGGCCACAGAGAGAAGAAUCUCUCAAUCAGUAUGUGAAAAGAAAGGAAGCGAAGAAAGAUCAAGGCAAACAAGCCCAUGCAGCAGAACAAUCUUCAAAUGUGGUCGAUAGUUCAGAGGUUAACAGCCAACACUCUGACGAUUCUGAGGCAUUUGAAACUCCUCCCGCUUCACUGUCUGCUAAUGAUACCAAUGAAGACAAACACACGUCAUGUGAGGAUGCCAUGGAAUUAGACCCUAAAGAUGAGGAAGAUAUUGAUAAAGACAAACUGUCUGCUAAGCACAAUGAUGAAGCCAAACACAUGGAAAUAGAGUCUGGAAAUGGUGAAGAAUGGAAAAGAAUUGUACCAGAGGAAUGGGUACCUAUUAUCAAYCGUGAUGUGAUACGACAAUUAAGAGUUCCUCAGCAGGCUCCAUUCAGUGAUGCUUAUCUUAGCGGCUUGCCACCAAAGAGAAGAAAGACUGCAGAUCAGAGAGCCAUCUGUCCAUCAGAAGAAACCAUCCCGUCAAUUGUGAGACAAGCUGUGCUGGCUGCUGGAGUUACGCCCAGGACCAGUAUGGAAGGUAUGAUGUAUUCAUAAUAAUAAUGAUAGUACCAAACAAUGUAAAGAAAGAACUUGAAAUUUUACACACAGAUCAAACCCUGAAACAGCCUCUGGGCUGAUUUAAGCCAGGGCACGGCUAGCUCACAGAUCACACCAUGAAACAACCUCUGGGCUGAUCUAAGUCAGGAAACGGCUGACCCACAGAUCAAAUUGGAAUUUAGCGUGUUGAACGCAAGGCUCCAGAGGUGAUAGGCGAAUGCACUACCGCUACACUACCCUUGAUUCUGAAGAUAAUUCAUGAAAACAACCUUCAUAUAUCAUGUCACGUUAUUGUACGACAUAUACGUUACAGUCGUUUUUAUGCGUCUAUGAAAAGUCACGGCACUGUAGUGUCAUUGCGUGACCGUGCCGUGUGAUUGAUGCAAGAGUGUCGUCAGCGUGACAGCGCUGAGUGCCGCUUCACAGUCGUACAAAGUCUAAACUAGAGUAGUUUUUGUAUGACGUUCAAAGCAAGUGCACCCACAAAGAGGCGCGCAGAAUUUUGGACCAAUGAAAACACUAAAACACGGUGCCGUCACAGAUACAGUACAGGAAGGCUUUACAUUAAAUUUAAUUGGUGUUAGUGGUUUAUCUUUAGAGGAAGAAUUAACGUUUCCAAAAAAGAUGUGCUCAAUCGUCCAAUAUCUUUAAAACAAAGCUAUUUUGGGGUAUUUCCAAUAUUCAAUUUGUCCAUCAACAAUUAAAAGAUGAAACGUUUAGUCAAUCUUUUAAUGUGUGUUUGCAGGAGGCGACCUAGACGCUGAUUGGCCUCUUUUUCCUGAACAUCAUAAAAAUCUCCCUUUUUGUUUCGUUUAUGUGGCUUGAGUUUUUUCUCUGUCUAGGGUCUUCCUUUUUCUGUUACAAGACUAUUUUGUAUCUGUUUGUCCAUUUUUUUAAUCCAUUUUUUCUUUCUUUUGUUUGUUCUGUUGACUUUUCUCUUUGACACCUUUUAUUCAUAUUUUAUCCAACUGAAUAAACUUUUCUUCCCGUCUUUUUCAAUAAAUCCAACAUUAUUAAACAUUUAGUUUACCAUAUUCUCCCCUGUUCAAACAUCUUUACUUUUUUUUUGGCAUCACUUGAGACGCCAAAUUUACGACCUCAUUAUAAACGCAAACUUAACGCGCUAAUUACCUUCUUAUCGCCUCGCAAUUCAUUUUAUGCUAAUGUUUUGGAUUUUUUU